GGAAACCCUCUGAUUGGUCAGCGGAGGUGGUGAUGUCACUGGGUCCCUUGCUGGCUCUGUUCAAUAGCAGCUCCCUUCGCACUGUGUCUAACACGCUCCAGAUGAAGGACACCCUGACUGACCUGCUGUCCUCCCAGCCCCCCCCCUCCCCUCACCCCCGCCCCUCUGGAUUUCGAUACCUACCUGAACCUGUCCAGCGUCCAGGAGACCCUGUUCCACCUCAGCACCUCCCACCAGCGGACCCGCAGGGCAGUUUCCUGUCCAGUGUCCCCCACCCUGCAGGAGAUUCUGGACCUGGGGGGCGCCAAUGUCCACUGGUCACCCGACCAGCUGUCCUGCAUGUCCAACAAGACCUUUGUGGACGGCCUGUCCACUCUCGCGGCGGUCAACGGCUUCGCUGACCAGCAACUCGCGGCUCUCAAGGGUCAAGCCGUCCAGGCUUGGGGACCCCCCUCGGGGUACAGCGCAGAGCAGACCCUGGCGCUGGGGUGUCUGCUGCCCGCGUUCAACUCCUCUGAGCUGGGCCUGGUCGAGGUCAGCUCAGUGGACACUCUCUCAGCUGUGGCUCCGUGCUCCGGAUGGACGCAGGAGAAGCGGGCCGCCCUGCUCCAGCGCUUCCUGCAGCAGUCCCUCCUCACCCCCUCCUCCCUCGGGGCCGUGCAGCUUGCCGGACUCGGGGGCUUCCUCUGCGGGAUGAGCGAGGCGCAGGUGUCCCAGAUCAACGUCGAGGCGUAUAGGCUCGCUGCUGCGAUGGUCGGAGCGGUCAGCUGCUCUCCCUCCAUCAUGGGGGCACUGAAGAGCAAAGCGGUCAGCAGCUUCGGAGACGUGAAGAACUGGACAGCGUCCGAGCUGAGUGAGAUCGGGAACGUGCUGGCUGGUGCCAGCGCUGCGGAGCUGAAGACCCUGGACCCCUCAGCCAUGCCCUUCAUCUCCCCCUCAGCCAUCCCUCUGAUCCCAGCCGACCGGCUAGCGGCACUGUCGGUCACCCAGCUGAGAGCCUUGGGUCCUGUGAACGCUGCCAUGGUAACGGGGGAGCAGGCUGCAGUGCUGAGCCAGGCCCAGAGGGAGGCGCUGUCCGACGCGGUGGGGGUUGCCGUGGAGAGAGCUGUUGUCGUCGUUGUCAAGGAGACCGGAACAGCUGCCCCUCUGAAAGGAGGGUCUGAUCAGCUGGGGAUACUGGGAGUGCUGGUCCUGGUGCUGCCCCUCCUCUUCCUCACAUUGGCACCAUAAUCACAGCGUUUUAAAAUGUUCAGUUCAAUUUGUGAUUUAAAAGAAAAUGAGUCUUUACAGGCAACUUUCAAUUCUGUAGUCUCUUCUAUCAGUUCAUAUGUGCAGCUGACCCUGUCUCUUCUAUCAGUUCAUAUGUGCAGCUGACCCUGUCUCUUCUAUCAGUUCAUAUGUGCAGCUGACCCUGUCUCUUCUAUCAGUUCAUAUGUGCAGCUGACCCUGUCUCUUCUAUCAGUUCAUAUGUGCAGCUGACCCUGUCUCUGCUAUCAGUUCAUAUGUGCAGCUGACCCUGUCUCUUCUAUCAGUUCAUAUGUGCAGCUGACCCUGUCUCUUCUAUCAGUUCAUAUGUGCAGCUGACCCUGUCUCUUCUAUCAGUUCAUAUGUGCAGCUGACCCUGUCUCUUCUAUCAGUUCAUAUGUGCAGCUGACCCUGUCUCUUCUAUCAGUUCAUAUGUGCAGCUGACCCUGUCUCUUCUAUCAGUUAAGCUGACCCUGUCUCUUCUAUCAUGUAAGUUGUGUAACUGAUAGAAAGACUGUGUUUAAUUUGCUGAAGCUGAUCGCUCUAUACCUGUAUCUGUAUAUCUAUAAUCUGUAGAACUCAAUAAAUAAAUAAAUAGAUAGAUAGAUAUGCAA